ACUACAAAAGACCCAAACCCUCCCUCCAGCGACUCCUCGCUCCUACUUGCCAAGGCCGCUCGAUGGGGAGGCGGGGGCUGGCGUCUGGCGCCGGCGCCGUCUCCAGGGUUCGAUUCGCGCCGUCCUCUAACAACCUCAUGGUUUCCUCCUGGGACUCGGGGCUGCGGCUGUAUGACGCGAACGCCUCCACGCUACGGCUGGAAGCAAAUUCGGAGGCGGCGCUUCUGGAUUGCUGCUUCAAGGAUGAGUUUGUGGCGUUCGCUGGCGCUUCGGAUGGAUCCAUAGUAAGGUAUGAUUUGCAUUCAGGCGCUCAAGAUACAGUGGGCCUGCAUGACGAUGUGGUUGUUAGCACUGAGUUCUCCCAGACGACUGGUCAACUCAUUACUUGUAGCCUUGACAAGAAGUUAUUUUUCUGGGACACGAACGCAAGAAGUGUAAACCCUAACAACACUUUAAUGUUAGAGUCAGUGGUGGGAUCACUUUCAGUCUGUGGCAUGUAUAUAUUAGUUGCAGUUGAGAGAGAUGUUUACUGGUAUGACAUGAGGAAUCUAACAGGACCGAUUAAGGCAAAAGAUUCCCCUUUGAAGCAUCAUAUACGAUGCCUUCAUUCUUCUGAACAGUUGAAGGGUUAUGCGGCUGGCUCUAUGGAUGGAACUGUUGCAUUGAAGUAUUUUGACCAUGGAGUAGACACUGAUAAGGGAUAUACUUUUCGAUGUCAUCCAAGAUCGGGAGAUGGAACAUCCAGUUUGGUUCCCAUAAACAGUAUAGCAGUUCAUCCACUCAAGGAAGCUUUUGUUACUGGAGAUAAUGAAGGAUAUGCCAUUGUCUGGGACGCUCUAUCAAAAAAGAAGCUGCUUGAGUUUCCUAGCUAUUCGGGCAGUGUGGUGUCUAUGGCGUAUAAUUAUAGUGGUCAACUUUUAGCAGUUGCUUCAAACUGUUCUCAUCAAGGAGCAGAAAGAGUGAUAGAGGUGGACGGGCACCAGAUAUAUAUUGAAACAUUGCGGAACUCCGAAGGAAAGCCUCCAUACUAGAAGCGAGUAUCUACCAAUCUUGUACAACUAAUGGAACUAAACAUGCCCCUAGCAUUAGAUUCUAUUCUUUUCCACUAACCUUAUUGAGCUGGAUAGAGUGUUGUAAUUUCUUGUAUGUCUAGGAAUUAUUGUUGUUGUUACAUAGGUUAGGACCAUUUGA